UAUGUAUGAGGCAACUUCCUGUUACGCCUCAAAAAUGUCCGCCAUUGAUUUUUGCAUUCGUAGAAUAGUGAGCUGCAAAAAAGACAAAAUAUAACUACUGAAGGCUACCUGGUCCGAACUAAAGAGAGAGAAUUGGCUGACUGGCAAGUUUGUGUUGUACACUCCAUUCAGUACAAAAAAGGGAAAAGAGGACUUCAAGAUGCAGCAAAACUCUGUCAUGGUUAAGGAUAUAAACCAGCACAUCACAUGUAGCCUUUGUGCAGGAUAUCUCAUUGAUGCUACCACCAUCAUAGAAUGUCUACAUACUUUUUGUAAGACUUGUAUCGUGAAGUAUCUUCAGAAUUGUAACAGUUGUCCUGUCUGUAAUACAGUAGUUCAUGAAACUCAGCCGCUCCUUAAUAUAAGGCCUGAUCGCACUAUGCAGGAUAUUGUCUACAAGCUAGUCCCUUCACUUUAUAAUGCGGAGCAAAAGAGGAGGGAAGAGUUUUACAGAGAAAGGGGAGAAGAAGACCCAAAUGUUCAGCCUCCGCCACCAGAUCAUAUUGGUGCAGCAACAGAAUUCUCCCUGUCACAUUAUAGUCGUGAUGAUGAUUUGAUAUCUCUUCAGAUUGAGUCCCACAGUUCUAAUUCACAGUAUGAGCUGAAUUUACAAGAUUUGUCUCGUAAAUAUUAUCGCUGCUCAUCUCGUGUGACAGUCUUCCAUCUCAAGAAAUUUAUUCUGGGGAAGAUUGUAGUCCCACCGCUGUAUGACAUUGAUCUGCUCUGUUGUGAGAAGACACUCCACAAGGACAACACUUUAAAAUUCAUUUGGAUCUCGUAUUGGUUGAAAAGGGAUCCACCUCUUGUUUUGAAGUACAAGUUGAAACAAAGGAUUGGUUAAUAACUGUUAACCUGUAUCGUGUACAGAAAAAGAAAAUAACAGAAUUUAAUAAUCAUACAUUGACUGUAUUUGUCUAGUCUAUAACAAAAUGAAAAAAAAAACAA